AUGAGCCACAAUCUAUUGACAGGGUAUCAUGGACUGCGGACACAGAAUGACAACAGUUUGCUUAAUCGCACCUUGGAUAGCUUCCGGAAGGAGGUGGAGCGACGCGAUGCCUACUGUGGGGUUAUACUGUUACACAGUCUGACUGGUGGCACAGGAUCUGGAUUGGGUGCACGAUUAUGUGAAUCAAUCCGGGAGGAGUUUCCAAUGGGCUAUAUUCUCUCUGUGACGGUCGCUCCACAUCAGGUCGGGGAAAGCCCACUCCAACAUUACAACUCCCUGCUCUGCCUUUCCUGGCUUCAGAGGUAUGCUGAUGGGGUACUCCUGUUUCACAAUGAUGACAUAUUGCGCAGGACGCAGGCCUUGUGUGGAAGGAAGAUCGACCACACCACAGCUCAACAGCCACAAAUUUCUUUGUCCGACAUGAACACACUCAUUGCUUCCUGCCUGGCAGGAUUGAUGUACCCAGUGAGCAACCUCCGAACCCGAAGUGGUGUCGGCAUUGGUCUGGAACCUUGGGAGCUGCUGAGAACUGUCUGCCCUGUGCCAACUACCAAGCUCCUAUAUACAAGCCAGAUGAACAAGAGGGGAACUGCAUCCUGGGAUAGUAUGCUGUCCUCCAUUGUGCGUACUCUUCCACGUCACUCACCCACUGGCGAAAUUUAUCACAGCACAGCAGUUCUAGCUGUGGCACGUGGAACCAGAGCUGAGACAUUUAAUUGCUCGCUACAGCCCAUCAUGAUGAAGAUGAAACAAGGAUAUGGAUGUGUUUCAUGGAACCCUCAUCCCUUGGAUUAUUGGACAGAUCCCUGCAAUAUUGUUGACCUGACAUCGCCCAGCCAUUCUCUGACCAUUUGUGCCAACCACAGCAGUGUGUCAAACUACAUUCAGCGUGUCCUAGAGAAGGCUCAGACUAUGUAUGAUGCCCAUGCCUAUCUCCAUUGGUACUGGAAGCACGGCUGUGAAGAGGGAGACUUCUUGCAGGCCUUUGAGAUCCUGGAUUCUGUGGUGAAAGAAUACAGUGCUGCAGGAGAUCAUUGACCAUCCAUCUCACAGACUUACAUAUGUUAUUGUUAAGUGCUGAUAAGAGGAGAAGUAAUGGCCUUUCUCUUCCACAUGUGGAUUAUUUUCCAGCUCCUGGUUUGAAAUAUAGUUGGGCAGUCACAGGCAGAUUUUCAUGUAAGCAAUGGAGAAAUAUAACAUUUGUUGUGAGUAAGGCACAGUGUUUGGAAGUGGGAGUUUUAUGCUGUCUCCAACUAAGCUGUACCUGACUAUAAUCUUCUGGGACUAUGUCGACUUUACCAUCCCUGACCUGGGAAUGCUGUGUGCUGAGACCUGGUGCUUAAAAUUACAGCUUUCAGCACAACAUUCAAUCCAUUUAUUACAUAUGGAACAUGCUAACUAAUUGCAGUUACAUCAGUGGUUUUGCUUUAUGUGCAGAGGUCCCAGGUUUAUUGUUUGGUCUGCUGUUGUGGUAAUGAGAGUAUCCCACACUGGUUGAGUAUUGGCAAAAUGGGAAAUUGAAUUCACAAGUAGUACUCAUGUACAUGAUCAUUGUUCAGAUAUCAGCUAACUUAAUCGGGGCUGCUGAAUGAACGCUGAACCAUACAGAAAGAUUGAUUUAUUGAGUACAGGCUGAAAGUUGACUUUGUGUGUACACUAGCUAGUGCAUUUAUUCACUCAGCCACCAGGCCUGACUCCAUACCUGAGAACUAUAUGUGAGAACAAACUUAAUUUAAAACUAAACAUACUUGCAGGUAGUAAAACACAAUAUGUGAUUUUGUUGAUUUAUUUAACUUUGUACAAUGCUUAUUUUAGGGAUACUGGCCUUAAAUUUGUUGCCAGCAGUUUUUUUUUAGAAAAAACACUGUUAUUGAACAGUAUUUAUGCUGGAGGGUCCCUUUUAGCUUUUUUUUCCAUUACUGUGACUGAGUUGUUAGGUAACACUGAAGAUAGAGGGUGGUUUGUUCUUGAUGGUUUGAGUGAUCAUUCCUGGCUUCUUCCUUAAGGUUACUGGUUGAGGCUGAGCCAUGGCGUUGAGGUAAUUUUGCUGGAAGGAAGAAAAUCACACUGUGAACCAGCAUACUGACUAGCAGAGACAUAAUUCUUAAUUUCACAGAGCCUUGGUAUCACACUUUCUGGAGUUUUGCAUUAAGUUUUAGACACUAAAAUUUCAGUUAAAGAUAAAUUGGAAUAACUGAAAGAACUGCAGGUGCUUGAAAUCAGAAACAAAAACUGAAAUUGCCAGAAAAACACAGCAGACUUGGCAGCAUCUGUGGAGAGAAAUUAGAGAUAAUGUUUUGGGUCCAGUGACCCUUCUUCAGAACUGGAGGUUCUGUAGGAUUAUGUAGGUUUUCCAGAAUUAUACCAGGGUUGAUGGGCUAAGCAAACUUGGUUUGUGUUCAAAUAGAAAAUGCUGGAAAUACUUUGCAGAUCUAACAGACAGAGAAGGAGAGUUAAUAUUUCAAAUUAAUGACUUUUCUGAUGAAAGAGAUGUUCAGGUGCUGGGACCCAAUCUAGACCACUGAGAACAUGAUUUCUGGAUAAGUUGGAUUUGAAUAUCUAGUCCAGAAUGGUCUAUUUCAUGGAGGAAAACGUUCAGGUCAUGGUGAUGCCAUGUCAUUCUCAGUGGUGAAAGAUCUGGGCCCAGUAGUAGCAGCCAAGCUCCCCAAGACCAUAUUCCAGCUUUCUCGCUGUCUUUUUCUCAAUUGUUCCCUUUGCUUCAAUUAUUUGUUCAAUAUUUACCCUUAAUGGUCCUGUGGUGAAGAAUUUCCUGUAGAUAUGGGUACAGUAAAAUAAUAUUUACGUUAUAUACGUUAGAGGCCUACACUAGUAAUCUAGCUGACAUAAACUGAAACACCACCCUGGCAAUUUGGGAAUUUAGUUUUCUAAAAGAAAAAUAAGUAAAAAUAAUUAAUAUCAAUUAAACCUCUUAUCAAGUUGUUGUUAAAAACCAUUUUGUUUCAGUCAUAUCCAGUAGGGUAAGAAUCUGUGUCUGUUGUGGCUUAUAUCAGACCACAUCAAGUAUGUCCAACAUAUCAACAAUGAUGUGUCUAGUGUGUGCUGAAAAGAGUUAGUGUUCUAGCUUGCUUCUCACUUUCAGCCUACACUCCUGGCAAGGAUCAAUGUGAAACUGAGAGCCAAAUGUGCAAGUCCCUCUGUGUUAAUACAGAGUCUCUCCAUCAGUAACUCCUCAUGCCAGCACCAGGAGACUGAGUUCCUCACAGCCCCUGGCUACAGCUUCAGAGUAACCUGGCAGAGGUUUGACCCCAAAACAUGUAGUGCGGUUGUGGAUGCAUCCUGCUUCUCAUGAACCAGUGAACCCUGCUUUGGGUGAAUCCCUUGCUCCAGAACCUUGUUAAUAUCUUAGGUGAGUCAAAGGUUAGGGGAGCAAAUACUAACAAAAAAUCUGGCGCGGAGCCCAGAGAGGAACUUCUGCAAUCAAGUCAGUGUAUAUCUUUGAAUCCAAGUGGGAGGUCAAAAGGGGCAGCAGUCUCCAUAAAGUUUCCUAGUUUGUUGCAGAGUCUUAAUACAAAGCAGGAGACAGCAGUUACAAGUGAUAAGCCCAACUCAAUUAUUGUAGAGAAUUAGUGAUAAGGGAUGUUUCUGACAGUAGGAGAGGCCUUCACGUCCCAUUGGUCAGCCACCUCAUACCUUAGAUUGGAAAACACUAGACUGGAGUCCAGCUAAAUGAGUGCUUGCAGCUUAUAGGCUCUGCUCGAAAGUUGAAUAAAAUCUACUAUAGAAG